GUUUUAUUAGACAGAAGUUAGGCGUUCCAUAUAUUGACUUACAAAUUGCAGUAGGUUUGAAGUCUUACUCAAGUUUCGUCUGUCUGACUUUUAUUUUCACACUCGUGUUGCUGAUAAUUGCUAUCGAUUGCUCUUCUUGUUAAAAGUAAGUACAUUUUGUACUCUUACUGAGUUGUCGCUUGACCUUUGCCUUUGUUCUCUUUCUCAGCUCCCCUCACAUUGCUCUACGCGCUGUUAACGACGAUGUUUAUUUUUCCCAGCACAUCGUAUUGUCAGUACUACAAGGGAAAUAAAGUCACAAAGUGUUGCUUUCAGCAUUAAAAUAUGCCACUUCCUAAACAUACAGUUCAACCGGUCAAACUCAGUCAGGUAAUUGUCCCGAAUGGCAUCGACAAUGAGUUGGAAUUUGUGGUUAAUUCCACGGUCUGCAAUGUCAUGAGACAGAUAGCAUCAGUUAGCCGAUUGGCCAACACCAUGUUCGAAGAACUCACUACCGAUUUUUCUCGACUAGUUGAGCGGACUGUUCGUCUGCAAAAUCGUCUAGGAAAACUUCAUGAAGAUAUGCAAAUGGCGCGCAGCGGUGACGAAGACCUUACUGCUGGAGUACAAGAAGUUGAGAUUCCGGUGUUCUCUAGCAAAAAACCAACUGAUAGCCAGGUAUUAAAUCAAAAUACCAUACCUCCUUCUAUGCGGUCACAAUAUGAUCAAGCAGAAGCAGCUCCAGCACUUCAACAAAUGGAUGAACUCAGAGAUGAUAAGAAAACUAGCAUGAGGUUGUAUUCAGAUCCCAGCUUUUUCUUUGAUUUAUGGAGUCAGGAAAUGUUACAAGAUCGCAAACAUAAAAGAGCCGCCAAGAAAAAAAGACCAAAAGGAAAGGGAAAAGCUGCUCCACUUAAAAGUGGAUCUAAUCAGGGAGCUCAGAAACCUCAACUUAUCAUUCAGCAACCAGGAGUUGGUGGCCAUAAACUUCCUGCACCGUUAUUCGAACAAAACAGUCCUGUUAAUGCCAGUUCUCAUAUGGAUAGGAAUGUCAAUAUUGUCAACGGUAAACCCACCCAGCAUCAGUUUCUAAAUAAUGGGGAUUUCGGAAAUCCUUCAUUACCUCCUCCACCACCUCCACCAAAUGCUCUUCAUUCGUCAACACAAGUUGAUAAUGUACAGGAUUUUCGACACGCAUCUAAUCAAAAGAGUGGUUAUUGCCCAACUAAACCUGACCUUAGUGGUGUUAAUCAGUUUCCUUCAGUUACCAACAACAUUUGUAGCAACCAAGACCCUUCACCAGCCCAUCAGAUGACUCUUCCUGACCCUCCCGCACUCCAUACACAGAUGACAUCUCUUAUUUUACCACCACCACUUCCUCCAGCGUUCUUGAGCGACGGAGAGUUAAAAGUCUCAGAUAUGAGCGAAAAUUCACAUCCAAAUGAUGAAGCUGCUAGCAGAGACCCAACUGGAAAAGAUGGGGGUGAUAGGAUAUCAUCACCCACACAAAUGCAUGAUGGCAAAGAGAAACAGUCUCAGUAUAUUAAUUCUGUAGGUAUGGAAUCGUCAUCAUCGGCACCACACAAUCUUCCUCCACCUCCUCCCGCGCCGAUUUUCGAGGCGAAGAACUUCAAUGAGCCUUUUAAACCCAACAAACAGCCUAGCGAGUCGGAUACUUGUGAUCAUAUAUCCGCUUCUUCGACCCUUCCUCCUCCAGUGACACCUUUUGUUGUUUCGCCACCUCAAACAUCUAUUCUAUGCUCAUCUACACAACCUCCACCACCCCCACCUCCACCUCCCUUCAUACCAAACCAGAAAGUUGGGUCUGAAAGUCCAAGCAAUCAAGCAGCUUUACCAACUAAGAACACUAUCCCACGAUGCAGUGUACCUCAGUGUCCUCCUGCAGAUUUGCUUUCUGCUAUACGCGCUGGCUGUCAGUUACGCAAAGUGGGUGAACGAAAUCUUCCCGAUCAAUCGAAAUUUAGCCGUGCAAAUAGUUUAUCAACUCUGGUAAACAAACCUAAGGAUGUUCAAGUUAGUUUCACUGAUCUUAAGUUUCUUAAACUUCGUUUGUAUGUAUCUACUUUCAAAUGUACUACAUCCCGUCGUUUAAGGGAAGUGUUACAUUUCAAUAGUCAAGGUGACUAAUGCCUCUUGCUCAUUCAAGUUACCAAAGUUUGUAAACACAGUGCUUGUAUUGAUGAAUUUUGUAUAGAAUCAUAAAUUAAUAUUCCUUCAUCUCAAUAAUCUCGAUUACGGCAAUUGUGUAGUCUCCUCAACUAUGUUAUUACAAAAAUUUUGUCGAGUGUCAUGAGAUAACGUACUAAAUGAGAAAACAAACCAGAGAUGCUUAGGAUCUUUCCAGAUGGAAGCACGAACGGAAGGUGACAGUGUCCACUUUUGGUGCAAAAAUGUGAAAUCCAAAUUUUUAUGGUUAAAUUACAAAAAUAAGUUUGCCAAGUGAUUUCUGGUGAUCUAGCUUCCUGUUGUGGAAUCUAGAUUCCCAAAAACCACUUAGAAUUUACCGUUGAUCUCCUUAAAAUGAAGUCAUUUGGAAGCACUAAUGACAUGCCUUUCUAUCUACACAAUGGUACAGACGAAUUGACAACAUAAAGCCCUAGAUUUCUAACACAACUCUGUUCGAGCCUUCUAGUUUAUUCGUUUACAUGUAUCUGCCAAAGCAGUUACAUUGGUAGAACAGAAAGGAGAGCCUACGUCCGAUUCAAAGAACAUAUUCCGAAAAGUUAAAGAUUAAAUGGAUUGAACGCAUUCAACAGUGCCAUCGCAAGACAUCUUGAUACAGGACAUGAAGUCGAUAUACUGAAGUCCUUCAAGGUGAUUAACAAACAUCAAACUCCAACCUUUUGAUUGAUUUCAAUUCAUAUUUUCUUCAUUACCAUUAAUCUUUUUUCAUGAGUUCUAAUCACUAUUUCGAUGUUCUGGAACUUUCCCUCUCUAACUUUAUUUAUUUAUUCGAAUCAAACAUUUUAUGAGCUCAUUAACUCUAUCUGAAUCUUUGCUACAUCAUUAUACACAUGUAUUGAUCCUUCAUCAUACUCUUAUGUAUAAAUAUGUCAAUAUCUGUAAUAAUUUGAAUUUCAAAUAUUUUAGGCUGUAAGCAGCUGAUGAGAACCUAACGAAAUAAAAUGAAUUCAUAUUAUUCUGCACCAAUCUUUGUUCUUGCUCUCUUUAAGAUAAUAAAGGGAACUAUGUGUAUGAAAUUAUUCGUUUAGAUUCUUUUUCUCUUCAAAGUAAUUAGCUUUUUUUGUACCCUUCGUUUUAGUGAUUAAUGUAGUUUGUACCUUCAUAAUUUUUAUGUCAUUGAUUUGACGAAAUUUCUGUUACCUCUUUUAACUUAAUUGGUGCUCCAGUACUCGUUCUACUGUCUACGAAACUGUAAUUAAUUAGUUUGAAUAAUAUCCUUAUUAUCAACGGGAGUUAUCUGGAAUAUCCCUAGAAUCAGGAAGCAUUGUUUUCCAAUUGUCCUAGGUGGAUCCUGCAUGUCCACCAAUCCUGUUAAAUCACCGGACCACUCACUUUCCGUCCUUUCAAUUUCGUAAAUAUCACCCCCGCUACACACAUCCAAGAGUCCCAUUGCUUUCUCUUUCUGCGAUUUAUGAAGCUGUUAGGCGUCGUCGGGAAUGUAUGGAAAAUAAUUCCUCGGAAGAUGACGAUGACGACAAAGAUGCAGACAGUAAUUCUUCCGGUUGGGAGGACUAGCUCUUAUCUAUCGUAACAAAAAAUGUAUUAGGGCAUGUACCAGUUUCGUUUUUAUCUUCUGCCAGUAACACGUUUUUUUAACACAAUGCCCAUCUUUGUAUACUCACAUUUCUACUUACGUCUUUCUAUAACUUCUGGUUUUGCUUUGUUCAUGUUCUCAUAUUUUUCUUCGAUUAUUAUUUAUUAGCUGUAUAUAAAUGUACAAUUCUGUUCACAUAGGCAUAUACUUUUAUGUCUUCAUUAACGUAUGAUGUUUUCUCUGGUUAAUUUACUUCAAUAAUUUGAGGUAAGUUUGGCAGACCAUAAUUAAAUUUUUGUCUUUCUGAUAAUCUGAAGGUUCUAUUACGAAGACCACUUCAAUAGAUUGUUACGCAUUGAUUUCGCAAAUUGUUAACCUCUUGAAAUUUUGUUUUGUUAACGUUUAUUGGUGGGAUAAUGUUAAAAUCCCUUUCUUUUGUUUUAGGAGUAUUACUAUGAUUGCUCAAAUCUCAUUGAAAAAAUAAAUCAGUUAUGAUUUCAUAGGUAACUGCUAGUCAUUAUUGAUCUAACAAUGCUUAAGAUCAAAAAAUACAUUAGACUAACUUCUCAUUAAUAAUUUGUGUCCACUGACAUAUUGAUUGUUUUAUUAUACGUACAAUUUCAGGGUUGAUUUAAUUGUACUCAUUUCCUAACAAUCAUGAGACUAAAAUCAAGUUCAAUUUUAUGUGUCUGGUUAUCCUGCAGUCAAAAUAUUAUUAUUACCACUUUAAAGAAUAAUUUUUCUUUCUGCUGUUCUUUGUCCCUUUGGUAAGCAACUAUGUUCAUUUAUUUCUUAUGUUCCGGUGAUUGCGAUCGAUGCGAUUUUACUUCUCGUUUUAAUUGUAGUUGAACGAAGUACCAUCGUUUUACCAAAACAUUUAUAUGCAUAUUUUUUGUUGGUUUCAGUUGCUUUAAUGCUGUUCAACUCAUACAAGUAUGGAUGUCAUUAAUCCCUAAAUAUCUUAUUUACAUUCAUUUUUCAGAAUUUUACUAAUUUUAAGUAAGGUUUACGGUCCGUAAUAAUCUGUUUGCCUCUGAAUAAUAUUUCCCCCUACUGAUUUCUUAACUUACAUAUUGCUAAAGUGAUUUUUACAGCUUUUUUUCGACUUAAAUAUAGAGUGUGGUUAUGUGGUCUUAUCUCCAUUUAGUCAUAGACAAUCCGUAACUUUCAGUUUUUUUUAUUAGUUAAAUCGUUUCUGUAAGAUGUAUGUUGAUCUCAUGUCGUUAACUUGUUUUACGUUGCGAUAGACCUGUGCAUCUAUUUGCUGGCUGGUGUGAAUAUGAAGAUAUUCGUUGUCGUAAUGAAUAGAACUGUUUCUGAUGGCUAUUAUUCAAUAAAAUUUGUAUUGCUUCAAUAGUUUCUUCAAAAUAUCCUUUAGACCUUUUGUUUUGCGUAUUUAUAACAUGUCAUUUAAUGUAUCCCAGUACUUUAAUACAUCUUGGCUUUCAUUUUGAAAUUAGAUGUGCUUUAUACAGAUCUGUUAACAAUAUAAACGAAAUCGUGCAUGC